AUGUUGAAACAUGGGAGUGAUGGCCGGGUGUUCCUCACUGUUAGGGUAAAACCCGGGGCUAAAAGUACUAAAAUUGUAGAAAUUGAUGAAAAUUGUCUACACUUGCAAAUCGCAGCCCCCCCAAGAGAUGGUGAAUGCAAUGAAGCCCUAAUCAAAUAUAUUUCGAAAAUUUUAGGGAUUAAAAAAACUGGCAUUUCACUAGUUUUGGGGCAUAAAUCCAGGGACAAGACUCUAAGUAUUGUGGGUAACUAUGCCGACAUUCUGGAUAAGAUUAACAGGCUUAAACAAAACUAA